AUGCUCAGCACCUCCAAGACACGCCCCAGUGACGGUGAUCCGAUGACAAGACAACCUCCACCGUCUCUGCGCUCGUCGCCGAGCUUCCAGAAGCCGUCCUAUGGCGCCGUGUCAGGUAUCGGAUCCGGCACCUCGACGCCUACGGCUGUAGCGACAGCUGCAGCGACGCCCACCGAACCGAUCCAUACUCAAUCAGAGGCAGCCGAAGCUCCUUUACGCCGCAUGUCGACCGGUGCCAGUGCUGCCUCGACACGGCAUGCCACUCUACGGCGACAGCGGUCUCAAGCCACGUCGUUAUUUGCACAGUACGAUGCCGUGACGGGCGGUUCUACACGCGUUCCCCCGCCGGAGCUCGAGGUGGAAGCGAUGCUUGCCGGCCUGGGCGGCACACGCUUCGAUGCUGCUGGCGCGGCCGCAGCGGUAACGGCCGCGCCGAGCGAAGCCAGCUUUGACAGCGGCGGGCUAGACGACGACAACGACGACGACGAUGAUCACAACAACAACAACAACGAUGGCCAGGAUGGACUGUCUGGGGGCUAUUAUGAUGGCGAGGCCGGCACAGUCUCUGAUACAGGAUAUCCCAUGCUCAGAGACACGGACGUUCACAACAACGGCUGCGGCUCGAGCUAUGGCGAAUCGGUGGAUGGUAGCGUUGGCGACUCUGGAGAAGUUGGCAAGUCGUCGGCCCAGCGCGACCCGCUUGGUAGCAAUGACGAAGACGACGACAAUGCGACCUCGUCCAACCCACCGGAUAACUCACCUUUCGCACAAGUGCGUGCUUCUGUGGCCCCCGUCGAUAACACAUUGCUUUCGAUUAGCACACCACGUAUGUGGUUCUUGUCGAUACUCUUCUCCUUCCUUGGCUCGUCCACAAACCUCUUCUUCUCCCUACGCUACCCCAGUGUCGCCAUUACACCCGUCAUUGCACUUCUUCUUGUACACCCGCUCGGCCUCGCCUGGGAUAUGGUCUUCAAGCGUGCCGACGACCCGCCCGAGGACUUUGUUGACGGUGUACUUGUGCAUAACUCGGGCCAACACGCACGCCAGAUUUGCAGCCGGAUGGUGCGAAUCCGCCUUUGGCUGUCUCAGGGCAGCUGGAACGAAAAAGAGCACACCUGCGUUUAUGUGAGCAGCAAUGUAUCGUUUGGAUUCGCCUUUGCGACAGACGUAAUCGUCGAGCAGACGCAUUUCUAUAAGCAAGAUGUCAGCAUCAUUUAUCAGCUGCUUCUCAUUGUGUCGACCCAGAUCUUGGGCUACACCUUUGCAGGCCUGUCGCGCCGCUUUCUCGUGCGACCUAGCGGCAUGAUUUGGCCGUCUACGCUCAUGUCGGCCGCCAUGUUUGCUACACUUCACAAGGAAGAAAACAAGCCUGCCAACGGCUGGCGCAUCAGCCGCUGGCACUUCUUUUAUGCCGUCUUCGUCGGCGCCUUUGCGUUCUAUUUCAUCCCCGGUCUCUUGAUGCCUGCUCUCAGCUACUUCAACGUCAUCACUUGGUUCGCGCCUAGGAACGUCGUUGUCUCCAACUUGUUCGGAGUUGUGUCUGGCCUUGGUUUGUUUCCAAUGACUUUUGACUGGGCGCAGAUUGCUUACAUUGGCUCACCCCUCCUCACGCCAUUCUGGGCCGCCAUGAACGUCGUGGGUGGCCUCGUUAUUGUCAUGUGGAUUAUCGCGCCGAUAGCCUACUACAGAAACUGGCUGUACUCGUCCUUUAUGCCCAUCCUCUCGGCCUCGGUCUUUGACAACAAGGGACAGGUCUACGAUGUCAGCCGGAUUCUAACCUCCGACUUUUUGUUCGACCGUGGAGCCUACAGCAACUACAGUCGUGUCUUUCUGCCCAUCACGUAUGUUCUGAGCUAUGGCGUGCAGUUUGCAGGGCUUGCCUCGCUGCUGACGCACACCGCCUGCUGGCACGGCAAAGACAUCUGGCGUCAGUGGUGUCAGUCGCUGGACGAGGCUAAACUGCAAACAGCAGCAAGCAAACGGACGACGAACCUCGGCGGGUUUGCAGACCGGGAGGGUGCGUAUCAGCCCGUGCCUACGAGUACCGCCGACAACAUGAUUGAAGACGACGAAACGGAUGUCGAUAAUCCCCGCUCGGCCAACCUUGCGUCCAAUGCCGUCCCUCUGCAGUCGGCCACCAGCCGCAGCGUGAGUGACUCUACCAUGGACGGCCUCAUGAGCCACGAAGAUGUCCACAACCGCCUUAUGAAGCGAUAUCGUGAUGCGCCUAUGUGGUGGUACCUUGUGACAUUCGUGUCCAUGACAGCUGUCGGCAUGUUCAUUGUCGAGUACUAUCCCGUUCACCUACCAUGGUACGGCUUACUGCUCGCCCUUGGAAUUUGCGCCAUCCUGUUCAUUCCCAUUGGCAUUGUCAUGGCCGUCACAAACCAGCACGUCAGCAUCUACCUGAUCUGCCAGCUGGUGUGUGGCGCCAUGUUCCCGGGACGCCCAGUCGCCAACAUGGUCUUUGUCACCUACGGCUACAUCUCGUCAGCGCAGGGCAUCAAGUUUUGUGCCGACCUCAAGCUUGGCCACUACAUGAAGAUUCCGCCCCGCACUUUGUUCAAGGUCCAGAUGGUCGCCACGCUGGUCUCGUCGGUAUCCCAAAUCGCUGUCCUCAAUUGGAUGUUUGGCAACAUUCCGGGCCUGUGCACGUCAGAGGCGCUCAACGGCUUCAUCUGCCCCAUUGCCCGUGUCCAUUUCAACGGGUCCAUUCUCUGGGGCGUCGUGGGACCCGGGGAGUUCUUUGGGCCUAACGCCAUCUACCGCCCGCUCGUGUGGUGUUUCCUCGUUGGCGCCAUCGCACCCGUCCCCCUAUGGCUUUACAGUCGCCACCGGCGCGACAGCCUCGUGCGCAAAAUCAACCUGCCGAUCCUGCUGGGCUCUCUCGGCUGGAUCCCGCCGGCCACCGGCCUCAACUUUUCUGUUUGGGCGCUCGUCUGCUAUCUGUUUAACUACCUGGUCAAGCGCCGUGCCACUGCCUGGUGGGCCAAGUAUACGAUGACGCUCAGUGCAGCGCUUGAUGCAGCGCUUGCCUCGGGCAUCGUCGUGGUCUUCUUCGCCUUCAUCUACUCGGGCCUCGCGACCAACUUCCACUGGUGGGGCACCGAGGUGUACAAGCAGGGGUGCGACUGGCAGGCCUGUGCAUAUCAGACCGUCCCUGAGGGCGGACGGUUCGGACCUGACAUUUGGUGA